GAGAAGAAGAAAUAAAAACGCUAUCUCGGUGCAGGAAUGGGUGGGCUUUGUGUCAUGUCGCCCCCAGCCCGCUCCAUCCAUCACCAUCCCCCUCCACUACAUCCCUCACACAAAAAACUUUCAACAACAAGCAGCUGGGCCAAUGGCAGCAGAGGGAUCCGGGAAGGGGGCUGAGCAGAGGGCGAGGAGAUGAGGAGAAAAGCAGCGGCCAGCUAAAGCAGCCUGGCUGAGAGGAAAAGCCGCAGCUCGGGGCAUAGGAUGCGGGCACAGAGUGGACGGCAUACAGCCCGCUUUCCCGCACUUUAGAGCCCCCUCCUUACCUAUGAAUGGGACUGCUCACACUUCUCUGAGGGGGAGGACUACACAGCCCAGUGAUGCCAUCUGCCUGAGCGGGCACCGCCGGAUUGUGUGCUCCAUUGUGCGGCGCGGCAUGGCUGCUGGAUGCGGGCUGCCCUACGUGCUGCUGCUGCUGCCUGCCCUGCUGGGGCACUGCUCGGGCCAGAGGGUGUGCUGGCAGGCCAUGAUGCGCUGCCAGUCCGAAAAGGAAUGCCGCUUUGCCUACGUGCAGUACAUCGAGGCGUGCGGCAUGGUGCUCAACGGGGGACAGGUCAACGAGCCGACCAAGCGCCGCUGCCCCAGCCACUGCAUCAACGCCAUCAUCCAGCUCAACCAAACGGAGGCCGGGCCCGCGCUCGAGGACUGCGACUGUUCCGAUGACUCGGUUUGUAUAGCCACCAAGCAGGCGAUUGAGCCGUGCAUGCCCCGGAGCGCUAAGCGCGGGUCGGUGAUCGGCUGUACCGCGGCCAGGAGGAUCUGCGAGAGGGACGGCCGCUGCGCAAAGUCCAUGAUCAGCUACCUGAAGCACUGCGGCCAGCUCUUCAAUGGGGUGAACUGCCCGAUCCCCUGCAAGGCGGUCAUCUCCGAGAUGAUGCUCAUGCCCAAGGCGAUGAUGCUCAAUGACUGCGUGUGUGAUGGUGUGGAGCGGCCCAUCUGCGAGUCGGUGAAGGACAGUAUGGUCCGGCUGUGCUUUGGGCCGGACGGGGAUCUCAGCAGCAGCGGCGAAGCGGACGAUUACACGGACGACGAGUAUGAUGACUUAAGACCCACCAAAGCCACCCACAGUGGUGGUGCCCAAUGGGCUGCCAGUCUAGCCACCCUGUGGACAUGUGUGGUGCUGCUGAUGCCCCACUGACAGUGAUGGCACUGGGCACUCUCCCUGGUAUGCCUAUUCCCAAAGUGCUUCUUAACUUAUGCCCCUGACCUGGGCAUAGACAUGGUGAUCGAAUCCGCGUUCAUUGGUUAUUUAUGGGACAACUGAUCAGGACUGGGACCUUCUGUAUGGAAUGGUUAACAUGGAUGGUGUAUCGUAUUUAGGAAAAUCGUUAUCGCUGUGGCGAGCCUGGGUCGUCCUUCCCUAGCUUUACAUUGUGAACGUCAGCUGUCUCUAAGGUGGUGUUCACACCUGCAGAUUUCUUGUAAAAAUGUCACCAUUGGGGUUUGCACAAAAUCCACGCACGUGCAACAAAAAACUACCCUAUGCGUAUAGUAUACACCAGUCGUCUGCAUACUGUGGACCUCCAGCCGUUGCAAAACUACAACUCCCAGCAUGCCCGGGCAUGCUGGGAGUUGUAGUUUUGCAACGGCUAGCGGUCCACAGUAUGCAGGCGAGAUAUUUACGCAACAAAUCUGCCGCGUGUGACUAUAUCCUAAGAGGGUGCUUAUGGAAGUAAGAAUAGUCCUAUAUAUACUAUGCAGUACUGGUCCCUUAGGACAAGCUAUGCAACUGACACCUAACCAGCUGAUCUCUAGCACCCUUAUAGGAGAGCCGUGAUAGAUUGUAGUGGGAUGCAGCCGAGUGCUGUUUGUUGUCCUGGUGCGUCGAAAGCAAAAAAAUAAAUAAAAAUCAAGCUAUAUUGGUGAAAAAUAUCCUGCCGUAUGGUGUCUGCAGCUCCAAGGCAGCACUGGGUGUCUACAGACCCCAAACAAAUCCUGUGUAUUCUCCUCCUGCCUUUCAUCUGUCUCUUCUUGCUAACAUCACUUCACAAGAUUAGCCAGAAGUAGAGGUCACCGGGUUUGUUUGUAGUCUGUUACCAUGGAGAUGCAUGGUUCUGCACAGGGGUCGCCGGGCACAGGACCCGUAGGAUGUUUGUAAACUAGACUUUGCUUCGGUUUUCACUUGAGAUGCAUUUGAGGGUUAACAAGAAAAAUAGAUAACGUAAAUCCUUGGCGAAAGGCGGCCAUGCUCUUCACCCGUACAGUACCCUGCGCAUAUUUGAUAGGCAGGAUUUGAAGCUGCAAAUUUGAACCUGUGUUCUGUCAUUAAAAUCUGCAGCUUCAAAUCCUGCACAUGAAAUAUGCGCAGGAUAUUGGAUGUGUGAAUACACCCAGAGGGUAGGGUCACACGUGGCGUAUUUUGCUGCUGCAUAUUUUCCUACCCAUUGAAGUCAAUGGGUAGUAGAACCAGUUGCACAUUUUGCUACCCAUUGACUUCAAUGAGUAGGCCAAAUACGCCAUGUGUGACACCUACCCUAUAGGCGUUUUUCCGCAAGUUGUAAAUGGCAGCUAUUAGUAUUCUGCAUGGAGACUAGUAUAAAGCAAAAGGGAGGGAGGUGCCUAUAGCUACGUUGCGUAUUUAAUUUUCCUUUUAAUUGGGCAUCUCUUUCAGUUUUCCUUUGUACAGUAUGUAUACCACCCCCUCCGUCAUGUUGUAAGUUCACUAGGACGUGGGGGCAAUAAACUUCCGUUCCGUGCAGUAAACUGACACCUACAGUCGCCUCCUCGCGGAGAACCCUUUUAAGGGCACGUUCACACAUACCAGAUCUGCUGCAUAUUUUCAGCAGUUGAUUUUGCUACCCGUUGAAGUCAAUGGAGGGCAAAAUCGUCUGCAGAAAAUAGGCAGCAGAUCCUGUAUGUGUUGAUACCCUUAGGAGUUAUUAUUGCCUUUUGUUUGCAUAGUGCAGUGUUUCCAUCCCGUGUGCCUCCAGCUGUUGCAAAAACUACAACUACCAUCAUGCUGGGAGUUGUAGUUUUGUGACAGCUGAAGGCACCCUGGUUGGGAAACACUGGUGUAGUGCGAUGUCCGGAGAUGCCUUCAGCGACCACUGGGAUAACGCCAUUUGUGCAUGUGACGGUGAUAGUGUUGUCAUACAGUGCUGCCACAACCACUGCCUUUUCUUUUUAGUGGCACUUAAUAUACAAGACGCACUCAGAUAUUCAUGUAUAUGCUGCCAUAUAUUUAUACGAAAUGCAGAUUUGCUAUGGAAUAUGGGCCCAGAUUUAUCUAACUGUGUGAGAGAAAAAAUAGAGGGAUUUUCUCACAGCAACCAAUCACAGCUCAGCUAACAAGCUGAGGUAAAGUGAAAGCUGAUCUGUGAUUGGUUCUUGUGGGAAAAUCUCUCUAUAUUUUCUCUCACACAGUUUGAUAAAUCUGGGCCAUGUUUAUUUUUAUCUACAGACCGGCCCCACUAUUAUCUUAGUCUUUUUUUAUCCUGGUGUCCAUUUUCCUAUACCAUCUUGAUGCUGCUGUUCCAUAGUGGAAAGUAUAUGCACCUGGCACUGCACAUUAACCCCCUCCCUACGAAGGUGCCACCUGUUCCAGAGCUCUGCACUGCCGCCAUAGACUUGUAAAUAAACCCAUUCAGAAUAUCAUUACUGGAAGUAUCUGCCAAGAACUAUAAAUAGUGUAUUUAAAAGGGGAAAAAGUGUUAGUGGCUUUAUAUCUGUACAGUUUUUUUUUGAUAUAUAUAUAUAUAAAUUGUAUUCCAGGAAUAAUUUAUUUAGAACUGUAUCCUCCAUCCUUCGGCUUUCCAGCGGUUACGAACAAAUAAAACAAAAACAAAAAAAGACAACUUCCAGCGACAGCUGCAGAGCCGCAGGAUGGAGGCGACGGGUUUAGAUUAUAGAGACAAAUUCUAUAUGUUGACAAACAGUGCUAUUGUGUCAACCAAUAGGUGUCUCCCAACCAGGGUGCCUUCAGCUGUUGCAAAACUACAACUCCCAGCAUGCCCGGACAGCCGAAGGCUGUCCGGGCAUGCUGGGA